ACUAAUCACAAUUUUGAUUUCCGUCUACCCGAGUGCUAUAGCACCUUAAUUUCAUUCAGCGUCCACUGUCUUGAAUACUGAAAGAGAAAAUGGGAUGUUUACUACGGUUCACUCAGUCUGUGUCUUUAAUUUUGUUUCUCUUGCAUUUUAAUCCAACAGUUUCCUCAUCCUUGUCUUCAAAUUUCUCCUCUUCAGCUCAAUUAUGUGCCCGUGACCAAAGUAUUCAUCUGCUCCAAUUCAAAGAAUCUUUUCUCAUUGAUCCUUAUGCUUCUUUUGAGGGUUGUGCAAAUGCCAAGACAGAGUCAUGGAAAGAGGGCACAGAUUGCUGCUUGUGGGAUGGGGUGACUUGCGACAUCAAGAGUGGGCAAGUCAUUGGGCUUGACCUUGCUUGCAGCAUGCUUUAUGGCACUCUCCAUUCCAAUAGCACUCUCUUCUCCCUUCAUCAUCUUCAAAAGCUUGACCUCGCUUACAAUGAUUUCAAUCUCUCUCAUAUUUCAUCUCAGUUUGGCCACUUUUCCAGUUUGACACAUCUUAACCUAAACUAUUCGGAUUUUACUGGCCCAGUUCCAUCACAAAUCUCUCAUCUGUCCAAACUGGUUUCACUUGAUCUCUCUUAUAAUAACAAACUGGCACUAGGACCAAUUCCUUUUAACAAGCUUGUUCAAAACCUAACCAAGCUAAGAGAACUCCUUUUGAGCGAGGUAGACAUGUCAUUGGUUGUACCCAGUUCCUUGAUGAAUCUUUCUUCUCCUUUGUCAUCACUCCAACUCGUUGACUGUGGAUUCCAAGGGAAAUUACCAAGUAACGUUCCUGGGCUAUCAAACUUGCAGCUGCUAGAUUUGUCGGGGAACAUAGACCUUACUGGCUCUUUUCCACCAUUCAAUGUGAGUAAUGCUCUUUCAUACUUGGAUCUAUCAAUGACGGGGAUUUCAAUACAUCUACCACGGCUUGGCAACCUCACACAACUCACUGUGUUGGACAUUUCAUAUAACAACUUGAGGGGUCACAUCCCUUUCUCUAUAGGAAAACUUAAGCACCUCCAGACCUUGAAUCUCGGAUUCAACAAUUUUACAAGCCUGGUUCCAUCUGAUUUUGAGCAGCUCUCUGAGUUGGAUUCACUUGAUCUCUCCGGGAACUCUUAUCUGACACUAGAUUCAUCUUCUCUUAACAAGCUUGUUCAAAACCUAACCAAGUUAAGAGAACUCCGUUUGCGGUCGGUAAAUAUGUCUCUGGUUGUACCUACUUCCUUGAAGAAUUUGUCGUCUUCUUUGUCAUUUCUUUCUUUCGGGAAUUGUGGGUUGCGAGGGAAAUUCCCAGCUAACAUCUUUCUCCUACCAAAUCUUGAAUUUCUCAAUUUGGGGGGUAACGUAGGCCUCACAGGUUCUUUUCCUUCCUCCAAUGUGAGCAGUUCCCUCGAGGAGUUGGCUCUUUUUGAUACGAAAAUCUCAAUUUCUAUCGAGAAUGACUUAAUCAAUAAUCUAAAGUCGUUGAAAAAGCUGGUUCUCAGAAACUGUAACAUUAGCGAAAGAUCAAAUCUAGCCCUACUUGGUAACCUCACACAGCUUAUUGAUUUAGAUCUCUCAUUUAAUAAUUUGAGUGGCCGCAUCCCAUCAUCACUGGCAAACCUUGUGAAUCUCAAUUGGUUGGAUCUUAGUUCCAAUAAUUUCAAGGGUCAGAUUCCAGAUUUUUUGGGUAGCCUGACACAACUUCAACGUUUAUUUUUAUCAGAUAAUCAAUUGCUAGGCCCUAUCUCUCCUCAAAUAAGUAGCCUUCCAUAUCUAACAUCUCUCAUGUUAUCUGAUAACUUGUUCACGGGCACAAUACCGUCCUUUUUGUUUUCUCAUCCCUCUCUGCAGUAUUUGGACCUCCAUGGCAACUUAUUCACUGGGAAUUUAAGUGAAUUCCAGUACAAUUCAUUAAUAUUGCUUGAUUUGAGCAAUAACCACUUGCAUGGCCCAAUUCCAAGUUCAGUUUUCAAUCAAGAGAAGUUGAUAGUCCUUAAACUUGCAUCCAACAACAAGUUAACAGGAGAGAUUUCUUCUUCUGCUUGUAAGCUGACAGCCCUACAAGUCCUUGACUUGUCCAACAACAGCUUGAGUGGUUUUAUACCACAAUGUCUGGGGAACUUUAGCAGCAGCCUCUCAGUUUUGCAUCUUGGCAUGAAUGAUCUCCAAGGCACAAUCCUUUCAAGGUUUUUGGUGGGGAAUAACUUGAGAUAUCUCAAUCUCAAUGGCAACGAAUUGGAAGGGGAAAUACCACCAUCUAUGAUCAACUGUACACAAUUGGAGGUUCUUGAUCUUGGCUUCAAUAAGAUAAAAGGCAAGUUCCCCUACUUUCUCGAUACGCUUCAAGAGCUACAGGUUCUUGUUCUAAAAUCCAACGAACUCCAUGGGUUUGUGAAAGGUCCGACGACCAACUACACCUUUUCAAAACUAAGGAUUUUUGACAUCUCCAGCAAUAAUUUUAGUGGACCAUUGCCAACUGGGUAUUUCAACGGUCUGGAAGCAAUGAAGACCUUGGAUCAAGAUAUGAUUUACAUGAAGGUUAGUAACAUCAGUUAUGAUUAUUCUGUAAAACUGACGUGGAAAGGGCUGGAAAUUGAGUUUGCGAAAAUUAGAAGUACCCUCGCAUCCAUUGAUUUGUCGCACAACAGCUUUAUUGGAGAGAUACCAGAGUCGAUUGGAAAGCUUAAUGCACUUAGACAGCUAAACUUCUCUCACAACUCUCUUACAGGAUAUAUUCAACCUUCAUUGGGGAAUUUGGCCAAUCUGGAAUCGUUAGAUCUCUCUUCAAAUUUGCUUGCGGGAAGGAUUCCGAUGCAGUUGGCAGAUCUAACAUUUCUUAGUGUCCUAAACCUUUCACAUAACCAGCUAGAGGGACCCAUACCUAAAGGAAAGCAGUUCAACACGUUCAAUAAGGGCUCAUUCGAAGGAAACUCGGGCUUGUGUGGAUUUCAAAUCUCAAAGGAAUGCAAUAGUGGUGAGACACAACAACCACCACCAUCAAACUCCGAAGAAGGAGAUGAUUCAUCACUGUUCGGAGAUGGAUUUGGAUGGAAAGCAGUUGUGAUGGGGUAUGGAUGUGGGUUUGUGCUUGGAGCUACAGUGGGAUACAUAGUGUUUAGAACAAGAAAACUGGCAUGGUUUGUGAGGAUGUUCGAAGUUCAAUGGAAUCUGAAAACAAAAGGAAGAAAGAAGAAAGCUCACAGAAACGGUGCAAGAAGAAACUAACCGUUGAAGCAGGUAUUUUCAGCAGAACAGGCUAUUCAUUCAACCACUAGGGAAAUCUUUUACAAGAAUACAACGAAGUUCAUCUGGGUGGCUGUAAACCCAGUCAAGAAGACAUUUGAAACAUCUAGUCGCUCUGGCUUUCCACUCUGCGGCAACAUUUGCUCUUCUAACCACCCAAGCUACUGUCACAAAUUGAUAGCAUGGAGCACUUGUUUCUCAUCAUCAGUUUCUACAAUCACUUGGCAAGUUGAAGACUGACUGCCCAACGCAAAAUUCUACCUUAUGUGAUGCAUCGCCAAUAAUUAUAGCUGUGAUUUUCUACCAUGCGAAUAACAUUAGAAUGGAAGAUUCGAAGUGUUGGACCCAUCUUCCACUCUACAUCUGUUUUACUCUUCUGGUGUUAGGUUUUUUCUUUCUUUCCCUCCUUUUUCAAUGGUUUUCUUGCAAUGAUGGGUGUUGAUAAUGUGAAGACACAGUCAAUGUAUGCUUAAAACCGUUCUGUAAUAUAUAGUUAAUUUCAAGAAGCCUGAAUUUGGCA